AUGCCCGAAAGAGAGCCUCGUCUAGUUCUUCUCGACAUGAUUGAUGACAAGAUCACUACCUACUGCCCGGAUCCCGAUGACCCUGUGUUAUCUUCGUUUUACAAAACGCGCGAAUGGGUCAUCAUGGAGAAGCUGGGUGAGGAACCAUGCCCAAUUACCCCAAAGGAUUCCGCCCAAGGCAUGGGCCCCGCAUUUACUGUUGGAAAAUAUCGUUGUUACCGUCUCGAGAACGGAUAUGAGCACGGAUAUGAGGCCAUUAUGCAUAUCUACAAACAAAUCCCUCUGGAUGGCACUGAACUUCACAGCUUGGAGGAUCGGAAGAAACAGGCUACUACUAGGUCUCACGUGGAACUAAAUGCCUUGAAGAACUUUACAGAGAACAGGUGCCCUUUUACCCCUAAACUUCUUGGAUACCAAAUCAACCAGCAAGGUAGAGACGACCUUGUCCCCCAAGGAUAUAUCAUAUACCUUGUAUUCGAAGAGGGUCCGGGAAGUCCUCUGCAAUUAGAGCAAUUUUGGAACUUGCGUCGCAAUGAUCGUGGGCUUAUCCGUGAGAAGUUCAGAGUCGCCUAUAUGGAAAUUCUAGGGCUUGGGUUCAAGCCUUUAGCACCAGACUUAUCAAAGAUCAUACUCCAUGGAACCGGAAAACAAGCUAAAAUCAAAAUCACUGGUUUUGACGUGGCUAUGGAGAUCGACCAAGAGCCUAAAUGGACAGACUACAACCUCUUGAUAUAUCGUCUGGCCCUGCCACCCUCGAGGAAGGAGAAGUACGUUCCCACAGGGAAGGAUAUCGAGACUGAUCGUUACGGCUGGAGAUGGUGA